GCUAAGAGACCGACGAACUUGAAGAUGUAUCGGGUUGACUUUCCGCCAUAGAUGACAUCUGUGAUGUGGACUCGGUUUGUCCCUGGUAUGUCUUUUAGUGUCGUGGUAGGUGCCCUCAGCAGACUUGGUGGUGGUGCUCCUACAGUCGGUCCUGGUUACAUGCAGUGGCUGUACCGAUUUUCUCAUCCACGUGUUUCUCCAGUUGCGUCAUCACAUGAGAGUCGCACACUGCCAGAGAGAACUAACACGGAUUACUGGAUGGGUCGGUCUAUGGAGGUCAUCAACAGGACCCUGGUGGAGUAUCCGAGCCUAUCGCGUGAUACAAGAGCAAUGGCUGAGGCGCUACGAGCUGAUUGGAGGGCGAUGAUGGGGUUAUGAACUUCCUGUUUUUUUUUUAUUUCCCUUGUACGCAUUUCGUUUAUGUACUAUUUAUUCGUCACGUACUUUAAGUAUUGAACAACUGUUUUGGUGGUUUUGUAAAUAUUUUGUUUAAUUAAGUUCAAUUCGUUGCAAAUUACAUAACGACAACUGUUUAACAUAAAUGAAAGUACAACAACAUGUUCACUAUCUAAUUAAGGCAUCCCACAUGUUCCUUCUAGCUUCGUAACGCUGAUCCCAACCGUCAACACUUGGGUCGUGGUGCUCGGUCCACCAACCUGCAAUCGGGGGAAGUGGCGAAUCAGGUGCAAGUUCAAUACAAAUAAAAUGUGAGGCCCCAACUGUAGCGAUGACAAACUCUCGCUCCGGUGCUGUGACCCCCCUUCUUGCCCGCAACGGCA